AUGGAAAGAGGAAGAGAAUCUGCCUCCUGCAUUAUCACAUUUCUUUGCUGUUGGAGCUCUGCAAUUGGUUUGCUUUCUCCUAAAGGCGUAAACUUUGAAGUACAAGCUUUAAUGGGCAUAAGAUCUGGUUUGAGGGAUCCUCGUGGGGUUCUUGAUAAUUGGGAUGGGGAUGCUGUUGAUCCAUGUAGCUGGACUAUGGUCACUUGUUCUUCUGAGGGUUUUGUAAUUGGCCUAGGAUCUCCUAGUCAAAGUUUAUCUGGAAUUCUUUCUCCAAGCAUUGGAAAUUUGACGAAUCUUCAAUUUAUACUUUUGCAGAACAAUAACAUAACAGGAUCAAUCCCGACAGAGCUCGGAAGGCUAUCAAAGCUUAAAACACUUGAUCUUUCAAAUAAUUUCUUCACCGGUAGAAUUCCUCCUUCUUUGGUGCAACUGAAUAGCCUUCAAUACAUGAGGCUUAACAACAACAGUCUAUCUGGAGAGAUUCCAAUGGCAUUAGCCAACAUGACACAACUUUCUCUUGUGGAUUUGUCUUACAAUAAUUUGAGUGGCCCUGUACCUCAUUUUCCAUAUAGGACGUUCAACAUUGUUGGAAAUCCUUCAAUAUGUGCUGCAGGGUCGGAGUCCGCGUGUGCUGGAAUAACAAUGAUGCCUAUGUCUAUGACCUUGAACACUUCAGGAAACGUUCUUCAUUCUGAGAAAUCAAAAGGUCACAAGCUUACUCUUGCGCUUGUUUCAAGCUUCGCUUGCAUCUGUUUACUUAUCCUAGGACUCGGGCUGUUUCUGUGGACAAGGCACAGACAGAAGCAGCAAAAUUUCUUUGAUGUUAGAGAUGGACAACAUGAUGAAGUUUCUCUAGGAAAUUUGAGGAUGUUCCAGUUUAGGGAACUUCAGACAGCAACCAACAACUUUAGCAGUAAAAGCAUUUUGGGAAAAGGUGGAUUUGGUAAUGUCUACAAGGGGUAUUUACGAGAUGGAACUGCUGUGGCCGUAAAACGGCUGAAAGACGGUAGCACCGUUGGAGGAGAGAGACAAUUUCAGACGGAAGUAGAGAUGAUCAGCCUAGCUGUUCAUCGGAACCUCCUUAGGCUAUACGGGUUCUGUAUGACACCAACAGAAAAGCUAUUGGUUUACCCUUACAUGUCCAAUGGAAGUGUUGCUUCUCGUCUCAAAGCAAAGCCAGUCCUAGACUGGGGCACAAGAAAACGAAUAGCCUUAGGUGCUGCUCGGGGAUUGUUAUAUCUCCACGAGCAAUGUGAUCCUAAGAUAAUUCACAGAGACGUGAAAGCUGCAAAUAUACUCCUCGAUGACUACUGUGAAGCAAUAGUCGGAGAUUUUGGACUAGCAAAGCUUAUGGAUCAUCAGGAUUCACACGUGUCAACUGCUGUACGUGGAACAGUGGGGCAUAUAGCCCCAGAAUAUCUCUCCACUGGCCAGUCCUCUGAGAAGACAGACGUAUUCGGAUUUGGUAUCCUUCUGCUUGAAUUGAUCACUGGACAAAGAGCACUAGAAUUUGGCAAAGCAGCUAUCCAAAAAGGUGCAAUGCUUGAUUGGGUGAAGAAACUUCAUCAAGAGAAGAAACUUGACACGUUCAUCGAUAAAGAUUUGAAGAACAACUAUGAUAGGAUUGAACUAGAGGAAAUUGUUCGAGUGGCACUUUUAUGCACACAAUAUGUUCCAACCCACAGGCCUAAAAUGUCUGAAGUCGUACGUAUGCUAGAAGGAGAUGGCCUUGCAGAAAGAUGGGAAGUUUCUCAAAGAUUAGACACAAACAAGUAUAAAACGCGAGAAAUUUCUUCGUCAGAACGAUUUUCAGACUUAACUGAUGAUUCUUCAUUGCUUGUACAUGCCAUAGAACUCUCUGGUCCGAGGAAAAUGGUAGAGGAAUACAUGGUUACAACACUACCAACCAUUGGGCCUGGAUUUGUGACACUUGCCAAUCAGCGGUCUGCACCGUCCUCCCUAUGUAAGGCUGAUGCUGCAUCCCUAUGUACAACCUAUGACUCAGACAUCCACUCAGCCAACCCCUUGGCAUGUCGCCAUCACCGUGUCCCCAUUUUGCCGAUGCCAGGCAUGGUCUAUGAUACUCCCUCAAGCACUCACCCCAGUGGAUUAGUAAUGGGGCCUACUGAGGUUACAGUUAAGAUUGGGUUCUUGACUCAAAAUGAUGAUCAUAUUAUACAUGAAGAAGAAGAACUAAGAAUAUUAACAACCAAAAUAACAACAUUGGACAAUUCAUUGGUGGUAAGUACGGAAAGAGUAAGGAUCAGAUUCACAACCAUUAUGAACCAUAGUUUUCAGUUGGGGAUGGAGUACGGGGCCUCGAACAAUGGUUAUGAUUAUCCCGAUUCAAUUUCUCACACUGUAAGUUUUUCUUCACUAGGUGCCUGUCUGACAAUGAGCGAGGUUUCAGUCUCUACCCCUCCUAGCCCAAUGCCAACGCAACUUUCUCCAAUGGACAGAGAAGCCAGAGUGUUACUCUACAGAGAGAAGAAGAAGGAAAGGAAGUUUGAGAGGACAAUCAGGUAUGCAUCAAGGAAGGCCUACGCGCCGAUUUGCAAGAGGAAGAGAUGUAGGAGCAGAGCCAAAGCAGAUGUUCUCAACAACACUAAGGGUGUGUUUGAUAACACUCCUUUUGUUGGAAAAACUAAGUUGGUAGGCUAG